AUGGCAGAGGGUCCGCACGAGCGAUGGGGCAGUCAAUUAGAAUAUUUACUCUCGUGUCUCGGUUACGCAGUUGGAAUUGGAAACAUAUGGAGAUUUCCAUACUUGUGUUAUAGAAAUGGCGGAGGAGCGUUUCUGAUUCCAUAUUUCCUGACUUUGUUCCUCUGUGGCAUACCACUUGUGUAUUUGGAGACAACAUUAGGACAAUUUGCUAGUGCAGGAUGUAUUUCCGUGUUCAAUAUAAAUCCAUUAUUCAAAGGUGCUGGUUAUGCUACAGUGGUGUUAAAUAUAAUAGCAACUGUAUAUUUCUCCACGAUUAUGGCAUAUCCCAUACUUUAUAUGUAUCAUUCGUUCAGUUCGCCUUUACCUUGGCAAAAUUGUGGCAAUUCGUGGAAUACCGAGAAAUGUACUGAGAUUACAGAGGUUACGAAUGCAUCUAACGGGUCAAUUACCACUCCAGAAGAUGAAUUCUUUCACAUAAGGCUUUUGCGAAUGUCCUCGACCAUUAAUGAGAUUGGAGAUAUUGUGUGGCCCGUUUUUUGGUGUAAUGUCAUCUGUUGGGUCGUCGUUUAUCUCUGCAUCUGUAAUGGUGUCAAGAGCGUCGGAAAGAUCGUAUACUUCACGGUGUCCUUUCCUUACAUAGUACUAUGCAUACUAUUUAUACGUGGAGUCACUCUACCGGGAGCUUGGCAAGGCAUAAAGUUUUAUAUUUUACCAGACUGGGAACAACUGAAGAAUCCAAAAGUUUGGGCAGAUGCUGCAACACAGCUAUUUUAUUCUCUAGGUCCAGGAUGGGGUGGUUUAGUAAGCAUGGCUAGCUUUAAUAGAUUCCAUUAUAGGAACUUACGUUCCUCGAUAAUUAUACCUCUCGUAAACAGCGGUACUAGUAUUUGGGCAGGAUUUGUAGUCUUCUCGGUCCUUGGUUUUGCUGCAGAGCGAGCUGGUGUUCCUGUGGGUCAGGUGGCUACUGCAGGUCCUGGUCUAGCAUUCAUCACAUACCCAGCCGCAGUUUCUAUGAUGCCGGCUCCAAAUUUCUUUGCGUUGGCGUUCUUUACUAUGUUAUUUUUUCUUGGAAUUGACACAAUGUUCGUGACCAUUGAAGCAGUAAUUGCAGGAGUUGUGGACGAGUCGCCGAAGCUUAAAGAAAGGAAAGGGCUCGUCACGUUUCUCACUUGUCUGGUUACGUUUUGCUUGUCAAUAAUAUGUAACACUGAGGGUGGUCUUCAUGUUAUUGGUCUUCUGGACUCUCAUGUGGCCAUUGCUUGCGUGCCAAUAGUGUGCCUGCUGGAGGUCAUAGCAGCAGUAUAUACGUACGGACCUAAGAAACUUAGCCAGGACGUACUGUUUAUGACUGGGGAACCUUUAAAUCGGUUCUGGAUUUGCCAGUGGAGGUAUAUUGUCCCGAUAAUUUUGAUAGUUGUUUUAGCUUCAACACUGCCAGAGGCAUCAGGUCUAGCUGGUUGGUGCGUUGCUCUCUCUUCUGUCUCACUCAUUCCUAUUUAUGCCGCUGCAGUUAUAUACAAAUCUAAAGGAACAUUUUUAGAGCGCAUCCGUGAGAGCAUCCAACCGAACAAACAGUGGGGUCCAGCAUAUGUAGAGACCCGCCGACGUUGGAUGGCCUCUAAAAGAGAAAACAACAUGGCAGUCUUCCUCAAUGAACUCGAUAAUUUCGCUUGA